AUGGGAAAAGGCUCAAAGCGAUCAAAAUUCUCGAGAACGUCUUCGGUAUUCAAUCAUGAAAAGUAAGUCUUUUUAUUCAUUUUUAAGCCUAACGUUUCAUUUUUAAGUCCUAGAGUUCACCUUAAGCCUAAAUCUGUAUUUCUAAGCCUGAAUUUUCAUUUUAAGCCUAAACUUUAUUUCAACUUUAAAUUUUCAUCUCUAAGCCUAAAUGUUUAUUUAUAAGCCUAAAGUUUCAUUUUAAGCUUAAAUUUUUAUUUUAAACCUAGCUUUUCUUUUUUAAACCUAAAGCUUCUUUUCUAAAUCCUAAAGUUCAAUUUAAAACUAAUUUUUCAUUUCUAAACUUAAACUUUAUACCAAGUUUAAAUUUUCAUUUUUAACCUUAAAAUUUCAUUUUAAUGUCUAUAAUUUCAUUUUAAGCCUAGAUUUUCUUUUUAAGCCUAAGUUUUCAUUUCUAAACUUGAAUUUUCAUUUUAAGCCUAGAUUUUCUUUUUUAAGCCUAAAGCUUCAUUUUUAAGCCUAAACUUCAUUUGAAGUUUAAAUUUUAAUUUCUAAGCUUAGGGUUUCAUUUUAAAGCCUAUAAUUUUAUUAUGAAGCCUAAAAGUUUAAAUUGAAUUGUUAAAAUUGAUGUCCUAGUUCAAGACCUAAAGUUCAUUUUAAGCCUAACUUUUUAAACUAAAUUAUAAAAAUUGCAUUGCUAAGGUGAAUAUUCCAUUUUUAAGCCUAAUUUUAAGCCCAAACAUAGUUUUUUCAAUUUUUUACUAAUGCCAUUUCUUAGUUCAUCCGGUCGUCCAACUCUACUUCGUGUCGUCUACACGUACUACGUGGCCUUAUUGUUGAUCAUUGGUGCAAGCCUGAUCUUUGUUUCUUAUGCUGGCUUCCUAGCCCUUCAUGGCAUAUCAGUAGUGGCAAUUCAGUUGUUCUACCUGAUUCCUGGAUACUGGGGAAUCUUGCACGAUCUCAUGGGCUUCAGAACAAUCUUUUUCAUUUUGCAAGGUGGACUAUGUAUCCCUGACAUUGCUUGGAGUAUCGUGGCAUUUGUCCAACUCAACUUUGCUAUUGGUACUGCGCUGUGUCUUUGUGGCCUUGUUCAGGUACGUGUUCUUUACCCUACCCUUCAGUUCUGAUUAUCAUUGCCCUACCCCUGCUUCUCAAGCGCUGGCAGUGCCUUACUCUAAAUCUAUCCUAUCUUUACCUAAUGUACAUUACUUUCAAUUUUUAGGCAUUUUUCUUUCUCGUCGCGUACUUUAACCCAUACAUUUUGUGGCCCAAAUUCCUCAACAAACUGUUGAUUAGUUCAUUAAACAAGCAAGAAGACAAAGACAAGGAGACACGUGCUAGUACAAGUAGUGCCACUUUGAACACCAACAAUUGGGUAGAAACCGAGUUUUCGGUGAAUUACAACGAGGAUGUUCCAAGUAAAUUCAUUUAAUUGAUGUUUUUGUUUAAAAAACGUGUUUUAUGACUAAAGUUUUAAAUUUUUGUUUAAUGCUCGUUUUUAGGCUUAAAAUUUGAUUUUUGUGCUUAAAAGUUCGUUUUUGCGCCCUACCUUUUACAUUAAAGCUUAAAGUUUUUUUAAGUCUAAAGACUUACUUUUAGCCUAAAAUACAAUUUUAAGUUAGCUUCAUUUUUAAGCCUAAAGUUUUAUUUUUAAUUCUGAAGGUUUUUUUAAGCGUAAAAUAUUAUGUUUAAGCAAAAAAUUUUAGUUUUAAGCCUAAAGUUUUAUUUAAAAAGUUCAGUAUUAGCUAGCAAUUUUACUUAGAAGCCUAAAUUUUCAUUUUUACGCUGAAACUUUCAUUUUUAUCCUUAAACUUUAAUUUAAAACAUAACCAUUCAUAUUAAAGCCGUUUUAAACCCAAAAUUUUAUUAUAAGUUUCAUUAAGCCUAAAAUUCUGUUUUUAAACCAAAAAUUCCGCUUCUUAACCAAAAUUUCAUUUUUAAGCCUAAUCUCUUCUUGAUUUUACUAGUUUUUUCUUUAGGCUGCCAAUUCCAAGACGUCAGUGUCGAAAUGGGCCAAAGACACCGCUCCAGCACUGACGAACCUGACUUUCCCCAAACGAUACUUUUAAAUCAGGAUGGCCAGCAACAAGUCCAAUACAUGAAACCGGCUUCCAUUUCCCAAGAAAACGAUGCCAAAAGUAUGCGACCAAGAAUCGACAGCAAUAGCACAAUAUCCUGA